AUGGGCCUCAAUGAUGUCAAACAAAUGGUCUGCGACAUUUUGUGUCAAAUUUCGUUUCUCGAAAAACAAGGACUGAUUCAUAAUGAUGUGAAACCUGAAAAUAUUGUGAAAUAUGACGAUCAUUAUUUUCUAAUUGAUUUUGAAAUUUCAAAGAGAUUCGAUUAUAACAAAGAAGAAUAUCGAAAAUCAAAUGGAAAUUGCACAGGUGAUGGCAUUCCCUUAAAAUCAAAGUCUCAUUCUCCAGGAUAUCGUGCUCCAGAAAGAGAGGAACAUGAUUUAAUCUCUCCAAAAAGCGAUAUGUUUUCUCUUGGGUUUGUCAUUUUACAAUGCUUUGGAUUGAGCUAUGAAAAGAUUCAUGACACAAAGAAUAAAACCAUCAAAGAUGAAAUUAAGGAUGAACUGACAAAAAUGUGUGGCACUGAUUCAGUCUUUUGUGAUAUUGUUUUGAAUUUAUUGGAACAUGAACCUGAAAAGAGAAAGUUACCAGUUGGACUGUUAACACGGACUUUGUACAGACUUUGA